AUGGCGCCGAGCGACGCGCUGACGCGAUUGCUCGAAGAAACCCCGCUCACGACGGACGCGUGGGUGCAGUGCGAUUCGUGCGAGACGUGGCGCCGCGUCCCGCGCGUCGUCGCGGACCGGUUGGGGGAAAACACGGCGUGGUUUUGUCAUCAGAAUUUGGAUCAGAAAUUCUCGACGUGCGACGACGCGCAGGAGCUGAGCGACGACGAGAUCGAUCGGUUGAUGCGCGCGCAGGCGCAUGCGGCGACGAGCGCGGCGAACGGUGAGGACGCGUGCGAUGGGGAUUCGAACGCGAGGGCGCGCGGGCGCGCGGUGACGAACGAGUGGUACAGGACGACGCGAAACAUAUUCGCGCACCGAGCGCCGAGGACGCCGUCGGAGGACGACGCGAUGAUCUGCGCGUGCGCGCCGGAGAGCGGCGCGGGGUGCGGGAGCGAUUGUUUGAAUCGAUUGGUGCUGAGCGAGUGCGAUCCGGCGCACUGUCCGUGCGGGAGCGCGUGCGGGAAUCAGAGGAUGAGUCGGGGGGAGAGCAGAGCGACGACGGUGCGACGAACGGGGAAAAAGGGACACGGGUUGUUCGCCGCGGAGCGCGUCGGCGCGGGGGAGUUCGUGUUGGAGUACUGCGGGGAGGUUUUGCACGAGGAGGCGUACAAGGAACGGAAGCGGCGGUAUCAAGACGAGGGAAGGAGUCAUUAUUACUUCAUGACGCUGUCGAGCAGCGAAACGAUCGACGCGACGAUUCGAGGAAACGAGGGGCGGUUUUUAAAUCACUCGUGCGCGCCGAAUUGCGAGACGCAAAAGUGGAUGGUUCGCGGGGAGCUGUGCAUCGGAAUAUUCGCCACGCGAGACAUCGAGGAGGGGGAGGAGCUGACGAUCGAUUACAAGUUUGAGCGCUUCGGUGAGAAACCGUCGCGAUGCUACUGCAUGGCGGGCGCGUGUUGCGGGUGGAUCGGCGGCGCGAAAGCCGCCGAGGCGGCCAAGGCGUACAACGUCGACGGCGACGACGACGAGGGGCACGAGGACGAUCCGGAGCCGAUAAUGCGCGAACUCGACGAGGCGCUCAUCGCGCAAGAAGAAGCCAAGGGACGAGAACAGAUGGCGGACAAGUACGCACCGAAAAAGGUGGCCGUCAAGGCCGAAAACAAGUCUUGGCGACCGCCCGAGGAGGUUCGCGAAAUCGAGCGACAGCGCAAGGCGACGGAACGAGACGAAAACCGCGCGGCGCGCGCGGCGAGAUCGAGCGGUGGCUCCAACGUCCGUCGCGUCAAGAUUCCCGCGGGUUCGUACGCGCAAAAGUGGAGCGCGAUGUCCGCCGGGGCGAAGAAGCGGACCGAGGUCGAUCUCACCAUGGAGGAGUUGCAAUCCACGACUGGGGGGUUGCGUUCGAAGGACGCCGUGUCGCACUGCGUGCAGCUUUUCAACUUGUGCUAUCCAGUCGACGCCGACGGUGUGACGCAAAUCAACACUCGCGAUCUCGGUUUGAUUCUCGAAGCGAUUUCGUUGACGAAAAAUCCCAGUCUGCAGCAAGAACUCGUCGGCGGCGGCGUCAUGUCGUGCUUUCAAAAGUGCAUCAACGUCCUCGGCGGUCCGACUGCGUCCGCGGCGCACGCCGCGCUUCAGCGCAAGAUUUUGAAAAUCUUGAUGGAUUUGAUGCUUCAUUUCAAAGAGUUUGUCAUCACUCGCAUCGGUGAAACGAGAACAGCGGCGGGGACGCUGAUGCAAGCCAUCGGCGACUUGCGCGUGGCGAACGACACGCCGUUGAUGAAGCUGGCGCGAGAUUUCGAGUACAAGUACAUCGGCACCGGCGUCAUGGGACCGAUGCCCGAACGUCCGCGCGCGCAGCCUCCGCAGCAGCAGCUUCGUCGAAAUGACUCGGGUUCGGGGUCGGGCGCCGGUUGGGGGAUGCGAUCUCCAUCCACCGGUUCUUUGAAUCGCUACGGGAGUUCGCCCGCGGGAUCGAUGUUCAACGGUAGCGCGCCGCCGCGAAGCGCGAUGUCCGGCGGUCGAGGCGGCUUUAACGGUAGCGCGCCGCCAAGAAGCGCCAUGUCCAGCGGCGGUAUUCGAGGCGGCGGCUACGGUGGUGGCUACGGUGCGCCGCCGCAGCAGCAAUCGAGCCUGUCGCAAGCGAUGCGUCCGCAAUCGCAAGCGUACCCGCCGCAACAGCGCGACGGCGGUUGGGGACCUCCGCCCGCCGCCGCUCCGCCGCACUCGUCGUACGACGACGGUCGAGGGAUAAAACGCGCGCGCGACGAACCGCUUCGCCAGCCUCAACGACCACGCGCCACCGCGAGUAAGCCUUUGCUCACGCAACCGCUCCCGGCGCAAUUCGAAGAUCCGCGAUCAGAGCUCUUCGCCGACGCCGUCACCGCCUUCGUGACGAUGGAAGUCGAAGACCUCCGCGCGCCGAGCCACCCUUUGCACGAUCCACGAGCAAACUACGACCGCCUCACCCAACGCUGGGCGCUCGAGGCGCUGGAAAACGAGCACGCGCAGUGGAACCAAAGCGACGCCCGGCCGCUCCCGGUGUCGCAAGUCCGCGAGCGCGUCGUCUCGCACGUCAGAUCCGCCGCCCGCGCCUCCUGA